GCCAAUUUUUGUUGUGCCUUUAAAAACAACUGCUGUGUAGAGUUAUUCAUAAAACAAAAAUAAUUUCAUAGUAAUAAAACCCUUUUGCUUAAAAUGCCUGGAUAUAAAAACAAAAAUUGUUUUUUUAUGAGUUGUGUACCAGACUUUAAAUGGAGAUAAAACAAUCUACGUGGACUUCAAAUUACAAGCAAGGGAAAAAAGGAAUUUAGAGGUGCUUGGAAAAGUUGCCAAUUCAACUGUAGAGGAAAGGAUGCAGUAUUCUGAAAUACCCCGUGAUCCUUCAACAGAUAGUCUACGAUAUAAGGAGUAUUCCGAUGGAAACCUCCAUAAUCCGAAUGCACGAGAUGAAUCACCACAAAGUGAUAUUUCCACAAAAAGUGGUCCAGGACUUCCUCUUAUUAGUUCGUUUGAAAAUAACCAUGCCAUUAUACAUCAACCAAGUAAAUGUCAAUGUCGCAAAAAACCCUCAAUAGCUUCCAUAGGGCCAAUUGAUGCAAUAAUCGACCGUAGUAGGGCGACUACGUACAGACGAUGUCCAACUUCUAUAAGUAAAUCCCAAAGUCUACCUCCUAACGCAUCAAUCGUUAACACCGAGUUAAGUUGUUUGCGAAUUUCACCAGAAGAGUUAGCCAAUCAAAUAACACUGUUGGAUUUCCCCGUAUUUAAAGCAAUUCAAUCAGACGAACUAACCAGUUGCGCAUGGAAUAAGAAAAACAAAAUAGAACUCUCUCCGAAUAUUGUGGCGUUUACCAAGCGAUUCAACCAUACUAUCUUUUGGACUGUUCAGGAAGUUUUGAAUGGAAUAUCGCCGAAAGAACGAGCCGAAAUAAUCAAUCAUUUUAUAAAAGUUUCUCGGUAUCUGCAUGGUUUGAAUAAUCUUCAUUCAUUAUUUGCUGUAACGUCCGCUUUAAAAAGUGCAAGUGUAUAUCGUCUUGAAAAAAGCUGGUCAUACGUUUCGAAAAAAGAUAAACAGCAAUUUGAAAAAUUGGCACACAUCUUCCUUGAUAAUAAUAACUGGGCUACCUUAAGGGAGUACCUAGAGAGUUUAAAACUUCCAUGUAUACCAUACUUAGGAUUAUACUUGACUGAUUUGGUAUAUAUUGAAUUGGCUCAUCCAUAUAAAAAAGGCUUGCAACCUGAACAACGACGGAUCAAAAUGAACAAUAUUUUACGUGUUAUAUCAAACUAUCAAGGUUCAAAUUACUCAUCUAUUCAACCAAUACCAAGAACACUCAAUUAUCUGAACUCUGUCAGGUACAUUGAAGAACUGCAAAACAUUUUCGAAGAUGAUCAAUACAAGAAAUCCCUUAAAUUGGAACCACUAUUACCAUUGCCUUUUUCUUCGGCCCAUAAUAGUAAAAACUCGACCUUUAAACAUGUAAUCUCAACAGCUGCAGAUGACAACACAGGUGAGCCAUCGACGUUAGCUUCCCCAAAUUUGUCACCCGCAAAGUCUAGCUCUAUGAGGUUUUCAACAAUACCACCUACAUCAUCAGCAAAGUUUAUCGGUCAUCGAAAAUGUCGUAGUUUGGGAUCAAAGUGAGUACAUAUUUCAAUAAUAAAACAAGAAGAAAAAACUGUUUGCCAUGAUCAACAACCGUUCCACUAACGUAGAUAGAAAUUCCACAGGACAUAAAAAAUAAAUAGCAUUACACAAGUUCUAUAUCAACAAUAGAAAAAGACGCAUCAACCAUUUGUAAACAAUGGCUUUAAACGCAUUUUUGUUUUUGAGAAUCAAAAUUCAUUGACGCAUGUUAUGAAGAAUAAAGCUAUUCUUCAUGGAACGUGUUCUUUUCAUCACAAUAGAAGCGACCAAGACGUUAAAUUGUACAUCACCUUUGUUUAUUACCCAUCCUAUUCCGACCUUUCCAUAACCUUCUUUGUUUCAUAUUGUACAUGGUAAUUUAAUAAUUAUACUCACCGGACUGGUGUGAGGCUCCUCCACACGGUAUUGUUUUACCAACAACGGUCUGUGGAAAACAUAUGCUGCUGCAUCUCGACCAUUCUCUGUGUUUCCGUCGACGUUUCGAGGAAAUUGUUCUGGGCGACGUUGUCACUGUCACUCCAACCGAUGCAGCCACUCAUUGGGGUUUCAUGAUCCAGUGAGCAAUGUCCUCGUGAAGCGCCUCCGUAUGCUCGUCGGUCCAUCCCAAACCUGCCGCCGUGGGUGAACAUCAACGUUCCAGGCAGCCAUGUGUGGGCUUGGCGUAGUCUUACCCGUCUCAUGGAUAGUCAUCGUUACCUGCGUUAAAAAGCACUUCGCAGAAAUUCAGCGCAACACAAAAAGCCUUGUGAAAUCAGACUUUUUGCAACAGGCUACAACGCACAUCUCCCGCGCUUACUUCUCUCAGUAAGGCUCGUGAUUAAUCGAUGUACUGACAUGCCACCCGGAUACGCUUCGAUUGAGAUGCCAGCGACAUGAACCUGCAAUUCCAAUUUCGAUACUCACACGCGGGUCAAGAGAGGGUCCAAUCGAAAAAACUGCUACCCGUUACGUGUCACACUUAAGACGGAUACGGCCGCGAAUCGAACCAAACUACGUCCAGCAUGGUUUUGCUUUUGUAGCUGGACGCUGGGGACCACGGGAUGGUCCACUAAAAGAUCCGGAACAUUCGUAAAAGUAAAUGAUCCUAGCACUACGCGGUUUUUUAGAAACCACUCAUAGACACCUUAUCAGAAUGUAUUCGGAGUUUUGUUCGGAAUAUGGACUCUUGAAAUUACGUGAUGGUCCAUCGGAAGAUCCGAAACACCCGUAAAAGUGUUCAAUUCAUGAAACUGAUACUAGAGCACUCAUAGACGUCUUAUAACAAUAAAAUCAAAGUUUUGACCAGAAAAUUUAAACUGAGGACCACGGGUUGGUCCACUAGAAGAUCCAAAACCACUCAUAGACAUCUUAUCACAAUGAAUUCGGAAUUGUGUUCGGAAAAUGAACUCUGGAGACUACGGGAUGGCCCACCGGAUUAUCCGAAACAUCCGUAAAAGUAGUCAAUUCAUGAACCUGAUCAUAGAGCUCCGUGUUUUUUUUUUUGUCAAAUACACUCUUAAACGUUGUAUCAUAAAUAAUUCGGAGUUGUAAUCGAAAUAUGGACCCUGAGGCUCACUUACUCAUCGACCAAAAGAUCCGUAACAUUCGUAAAACUUGUCAAUUGAUGAAACUGAUCAUAGAGAUUCCGCGGUUUUUUUUUUCGAAACCACUCAUAGACAUCUUAUCACAAUAAAUUUGGAGGAAUGACCAGCAAAUGGACACUGGGGAUCACGGGAUGGUCCACUAAAAGAUCCUGAACAGUUGUAAAAGUGGUCAAUCCAUGAAAAAGAUCCUAGAGCACCGCGGUUUUUUAGAAACCACUCAUAGACAUCUUAUCAGAAUGUAUUCGGAGUUGUGUUCGGAAUAUGGACUCUUGAGACUACGGGAUGGUCCAUCGGAAGAUCCGAAACACCCGUAAAAGUGGGCACUUCAUUAAACAGAUCCUCGUGCUCCACUUUUUUUUAACCACUGCACUGUUUUCUAUUGACUAGUGGUAUAUACAUACAAUGGUAACACACAAACUCUGAUGACAUUAAGGUAACAAUGAAACAAAACACGAUCACUGCAGAAAAUUCCGGCAUUCGAGCUCGCCCUUGAACAAAGAAUAUGCUUCCUGACCAGAACUGUCGAGGUUCGCGGUGAGCCAGGAACGUGCAUACUCUGCCAGAUGGCUACCUGUGGGCCACAUCAUCGUAGCGGGAAGUGAAGCGGUAUUCUUAUAGUCAAUGGCGCCAUUCACAUGUUUCAUUUUUACCGUCGUCCUCGUUGUCGUCAUAUGUGUUGAAAUUUGGUUUAUUGCACUGCUAAUAAUAAUCACAGGAAGCUAUUCGGGAUUUACAUUUGAGGAACAAGCAGCAGCAGGGAAAGCGUAUUCCGGAUAUGAAUGUGUAUAU